GCUGGCACCAUCAUCCAACCUGGGAGGGUCCCGACAGCGUUACAUGUACAGCAUCUCCUGCCUCUUCCCACACGCAGCGAAGGAUUAUUUCCUAAACCAAAACACUAAUUAUUGAAGACGCCGGGCGAAGGAGGUGGAAGGAGAAGGAUCAAUGAUAGCUCAGCAAUCCCCGUUAUUUAUUUGUUUAUUUUUCAUGGAAAACUAUCUUGCGAUGGAUGGAGUCCAUUGCUGCUGCUGUUGAGCGGCAGGUGUAUUGCUAAGGCCCUUUAUUUUUCACAGUGGUCGUUUCUUUUACUUGAAGAUGGGUCGGAACAAACGGAACCGGUUUCACAUGGACAAAGAUGGUGUCAUCGGGAGUAAAACCCCUACGGAGUGCAUCUAGAGAGCGUUUUGCGAAGCUGUGGCGCCGGGUGUUAGAUUCCUUCCUCACCGUGUCCUGAGGAACAUAAAUAAAUGACAUCUACCUCGCCUUGGCCAAGGAAUACAAGGUGAUAAUACGAAUAAUUGACACGCUAAUUCGCAUUUGUGACCGAAGAUCGUGGCAUCUCUUGGCCAUAUAAACUGCUCAUCUCUAAAUUAUUGUUAAGAGACUAAUAAAGAAAGACUAGGCUAUUUCUAAAAUCAGAAAAUAGCGACUGGAUUGGAUACAGAAAUACCAUAGGCUAAUAUUCUACUGUAAUUUAAUUCAUUUUUCUCCUACGUGGGGGAAACAUUUAACUGUACGCAGAAAUUGCUGCAUCGGGCAGCUGAAGCCUCCCGCCGUUGCCAGCAUGAUGGAGCUACAGAUUGACGAGGUGGUGUAUCAGGACGACUACGGCUCCGUUUCUGUGAUGUCGGAGCGCGUGUCGGGCCUGGCGAACAGCAUCUACCGGGAGUUCGAGCGCUUGAUUCGCAGCUACGAUGAGGAGGUGGUUAAGGAGCUGAUGCCUCUGGUUGUGAAUGUGCUGGAGAAUUUGGACUCGGUGCUCACGGAGAACCAGGAGCACGAGGUGGAGCUCGAGCUGCUCAAGGAGGACAACGAGCAGCUGAUCACCCAAUACGAGCGCGAGAAGGCGCUGCGCAAACAAGCAGAGGAGAAGUUCAUUGAAUUUGAGGAUGUGCUGGAGGCUGAGAAGAAGGAUCUGCAGACUCAUGUUGAGAAUCUGGAGCUGCAGGGGAAACAGCUGGAGCUGAAGACCAAGAACUAUGCCGACCAGGUCACCAGAUUGGAGGAGCGAGAGUCCGAAAUGAAGAAAGAGUACAAUGCUCUUCAUCAGCGGCACACAGAGAUGAUUCAGACGUACAUGGAGCACAUCGAAAGGUCCAAGAUGCAACAGGCCGGGAGCAACAGCCAAUCGGAGGCCACCGGGUGUGGACGAACUCAACGCCAUGGCUGGAGGAAAAGCGGGGGUUCCGACGCUCGACCGUCUGCCAGAGCUCUAGCCAGCAGUAAGACAGACCGCCCCCCUUCGCUGAGCUUCUUCCCCAACAUGGACGGGAUGGAGGACGGGUCCGAAUCGGGGCAGUCCUCAGCGGCGGCCACGCCCAGCAGCGCGGGCACCACGCCCACCUCGUCCGUGCCCUCGGCCUCCGUCACGCCCCUCAACGAGGCCUUCCACCCCGUGGCCGAGCCCGGCGCGGCCCGCCGGGGCAACAAGAGGAAGAACGGCAAGCGCCUGAGCAGGAACAUGGAGGUGCAGGUCUCCCAGGAAACGAGGAACGUCAGCAUCGGGAUGGGCAGCAGUGAUGAAUGGUCUGAGAUCCCAGACAUCACCCCAGAGGCGGAGAUGUACAUGGACCCGCGUGUCUACGGCGGGGGAAACAGCCCAUCACAUGGAAUCAUCAAUGAAGCGUUUGGCAUCAACACGGACUCUUUGUACCAUGAAAUCAAGGACGCCAAGUCAGACAUCAUAGGAGACGUGGACGCAGGGGCCGAGUUGCUUGGAAUGGGGAAGGAAGUAGAAAACCUGCUGACGGAAAACAAACAGCUCCUGGAGACCAAAAAUGCUCUGAACGUUGUGAAGAAUGACCUGAUAGCAGAAGUGGACAAGCUGUCGAGUGAGAUGAAAUUCCUGAGCGAAGAGCUGGAGACCGUGAAGCAGUCCAAAAACAAGGUGGACACAAAAGUUAAGGAGCUGGAAGAGGAGCUCAAAAGGCUGAAGGCGGAGGCCCUGGGAGCGUCUCUGGACUCCAGGGAGGAAGGAGGCGAGGAUUACUCGUCGCCGCUGCAGGACGACGUGCCGAUCACGCAGAGGAGGCGCUUCACGCGGGUGGAGAUGGCGCGCGUGCUGAUGGAGAGGAACCAGUACAAGGAGCGGCUGAUGGAGCUGCAGGAGGCCGUGCGCUGGACCGAGAUGAUCCGGGCUUCCAGGGAAAGCCCGCAAAAUCAGGAGAAGAAGAAAUCCACCAUCUGGCAGUUUUUCUCCCGGCUCUUCAAUGCGUCCUCCAGCCCCCCGCCGGUCAAACGGCCCUACACCAGCGUCAACAUCCACUACAAGUCCCCGUCUCCGGCCGGCUUCUCCCAGCGCCGCAGCUACACCAUGUGCCAGAUCUCCGCCUCCAACGGCAAGCUGGAGUUCUUCCCCGAGGACGACAGCGCGCUGUCCGUCCGGCGGGAGCAGCGGCGGGAGCAGUACCGCCAGGUCCGCGAGCACGUGCGCCGCGAGGACGGGCUCAUGCAGGCCUGCGGCUGGAGCAUCCCGCCCCGCUUCAAACAGGGAGGCUCUCUGCUGGAGCUCACGCAGGACGGGUCCAUGAGGAGGCACCAGAUCGGUCCAAAUGACAAAGAGGACAACCGCAUGAAGAAUGUCCCUGUUCCCGUUUACUGUCGCCCCCUGGUGGAGAAGGAGCCGAACAGGAAGCUGUGGUGUGCAGCAGGGGUGGACUUGACCGGGUGGAAGACGGCCACGCAGGACAGCCUGCCCAGCGAAGCGGCGAAAACCUCAUCCAACGGCACGGACCCUCUGACUGGAGAGGAGGAUGGAGAGGAGAGCAAGAGCAAUCACAGCUCCCCUGAGAAGAAAAAACAGAAGGAGCAGCAGGAGCUGGACUCCAUGAGCAGCAGGGUGUGGAUCCUCACCAGCACCUACUCGGCCAGCAAGGUGGUCAUCAUCGACGCCAACCAGCCUGGCUCGCUGGUUGACCAGUUCAACGUCUGCAAUGCCCACGUGCUCUGCAUCUCCAGUGUGCCCGCGGCCAGUGAGAGCGACUACCCGGCGGGGGAGAUAUUCCUGGAGCCGGGAGAUGGGAGCUCGGAGGACCCCGGGGGGGUGGAGGGCAUGCUGGCGGGCAUCACGCUGGUGGGCUGCGCCACCAACUGCAGCGUGGUCCGCAGCAACUGCUCGUCCCGAACGGACACGCCCGUGGGGGACAGGAGCCAGGGUCACGCGGCCCCUCUCCUCGGCGGGAAGGUGAACGCGGCGGCCCAGUCAGCCGAGGAGGCCACCGAGGCCACGGAGGUGUCGGAGCCGGCGCCCAGCGAGGAGGAGGCGUCCGCCCCCCCCGGGCCCUUCACCGAGCACGUCUUCACCGACCCCCAGCACCUCCCCGCGGGGGCGCCUGCGGACAGGGAGGCCGGACAGCCGAAGGAGGAGGCGAACCCCGCGGCCCCGGAAGCGGAGGACAGGGGGGAGGAGUCUGGAGCUGCCAGCAGCACGGCCCCCACCAUGUGGCUGGGAGCCCAGAAUGGCUGGCUGUAUGUUCACUCUGCUGUUUCCAACUGGAGGAAGUGUCUGCAUUCAAUCAAACUGAAGGACUCUGUGCUCAGCCUUGUGCAUGUGAAAGGGAGGGUCCUGGUGGCCUUGGCAGACGGCACACUGGCCAUCUUUCACAGAUCUGAAGACGGGCAGUGGGAUCUGAGUAACUACCACCUGAUGGAUCUGGGGCGACCCCACCACUCCAUCCGCUGCAUGGCGGUGGUGCACGACAAGGUGUGGUGCGGCUACAAGAACAAGGUGCACGUCAUCCAGCCCAAGACCAUGCAGAUCGAGAAAUCAUUCGAUGCGCACCCCCGGAAGGAGAGCCAGGUGCGUCAGCUGGCGUGGAUCGGGGACGGCGUGUGGGUGUCCAUCCGGCUGGACUCCACGCUCCGCCUCUACCACGCCCUCACCCACCAGCACCUGCAGGACGUGGACAUCGAGCCCUACGUCAGCAAGAUGCUCGGUACCGGAAAGCUGGGCUUCUCAUUUGUGCGCAUCACAGCGCUCCUGAUUGGAGGAAACCGCCUGUGGGUGGGGACAGGGAACGGCGUGGUAAUCUCCAUCCCACUGACAGAGACCGUAGUCCUGCAUCGGGGACAGCUCCUGGGUUUGAGGGCCAAUAAGGUUUCCCCGACCUCGUCAGGGGGCGUGAUCCACGUGUACGCCAACGACAGCGCAGAGAAGACCAGCGGCAGCUUCAUCCCCUACUGCUCCAUGGCCCAAGCCCAGCUCUGUUUCCACGGCCACCGCGACGCUGUCAAGUUCUUUGUUUCUGUGCCAGGCAAUGUGCUGGCCACUCUGAAUGGCAGUGUGCUGGACAGCCCCUCAGAGAACGCUGGCUCAACAGCGCCCCCUGAUGCUGAAGCCCAGACGGUGAACAACGUGCUGGUGCUGAGCGGUGGGGAGGGCUACAUUGAUUUCCGCAUCGGGGACGGAGAGGAUGACGAGACGGAGGAAGGCUCGGGCGACGCCUCGCAGAUCAAGCCCGUUCUCUCGAAAGCAGAGAGGAGCCAUAUCAUUGUGUGGCAGGUGUCCUACGUCCCAGAAUAGCCCUUCAAAAAUAACCCCCCCCCCCCCCGUCCCAUUUCAUUCUCCCUGCAGUCCUCCUGGCCCUACCAUACCCCUCCAUAAAAAAAACACCCUGGUCAAAAGUGCCCUGCAUUUUCCCAGCUGCAAACACACAGUGUGAACUCAUACAGCUAAAUAUGCCACCAAUGAAUACCUCUUCUCUUGCACUCCUCACCUCCUCAGACCCGCUGCUAUAGGAUCAGACCCCCCCUGCCUUCUCAGCUCACAGACGAGGCCGAGUCACUUUAGAAACAAGCCCCUCCCACAUCUCCCCAUAUUAGGACAACAAACGCCUGAAAGAAUGAUGCAAUAUACCGACUGAAGAAACGUGAGUCCCGAGAGAAACCUGGCCUACCUCUGAAAGCAGUGCUUUAUUUGGAAACUGGUAGAGUUUCUCUAAAGAGCGAACCCAAGGUGUGGUUUAUGCCAUUCUGUAAAGAAAGAAAUUCUGUAUUCUGAAGGUGAUGUCUGAAAUGAAAAUAUACUGGAAGACAGCCCAAAGCAGUCCUUGAAGUUCUGAAACAAGAUGAAGGAAUACAUAAAAAACAAUAUUCAAAAAUACAUGAUAUACAAAUAAAUUGAACAUAAUAUGCUAAAUCCCAGCAUUUAAUAUGACCCACUGGUAGGUUGUGUGAAGAUUAAUGAGGCCAUCUUCACAUCAGAUUUAAAUCAACACCGCACACAUUUACAACGUUUUAAUUCCACACUUAAACAUAUCUUAGCCUACAUUUUAUUUAGUGCUGGGUUGCGUAAAAUGUAGUCGCUGUUUAAGGGGGUUUGGGGGUUCGAAAGGUUUUGAGAACCGAUCGAGGCUGCAUAGUCCUCACUUACACUCUCAGAGCAGAUGUGUUGAAAACAACACAUAACGUGUCACCUCCACGUCUAGUUAAGACAACACAUUUUGUGUUACUUUCAACACGGUCUGCGUUAAAAAACCUCCCUUUGUAAUGCAUAAAUUGUAUAUUUGUAGCGCAAAGGUAGUAACCUUGACACAAAAUGUGUUGAAAGUAACACAAAAGUAGCAACACAAAAAAAAGCGCGUUGGACGUUAACACUGAGUGUGUCUCUGCGGUCCUUGACCUCACCAAGUGGCAAUCCUGUAUUACGGUAUCAAAAAACACAAUCUGUGGCACAUCAGAGCUCAGUUUGACUCACACACACGUGCAUGAAGGAGCAUACCGCACAAGAAACAGGGUCGUCCAGCAAGCAGCACCGACUUCCCUGAAACUUACAGUGGGAAAAGAUAUCGUUUUCGAAACUGAAAAGUGCGAGCGUAUCGUUUUUUUAAUCACGUGCUUUUAUGGGACCAAGACUUCCUGCUUGGAAGGAGUUGUCCUCUUGUGGCGAAGUAGUUGUGGGACGCAACAAACUCAACACACAGCACAAAGAGCGAGCAGUGUUGAACAAAGACACUCAGAACAAACCAGAUAACCAAAAGCCAGCGACUUCACACUUCACGGCUGCAUCCAGCAAGAAACUUCAUCAAACAAAGAUAACUCAGUAAAAGGACACAAGGAACACGAGCAUAUGUUUAACACAAUCUAUUGCUGGCCAUUCCCUUGUACCCGUUAACACCUUUAGUAACCGGACAUAGUCAAAACGAAUCAUGUCUAUAUAUUUUCCCAGAUCAGUCGCACAAGGUCAUACACGCCAUAUGCUGUCCUGCUAGCAGCCGUUAGUACAUUGUGAGCCGUCCUGCUCACCCCGCCCCCCUUCCCCCACCCCGCCCUGCCCCGCCCCACCCCCCCAAUAUCUGUAAUAUUGCGCUGUUUUGUAUGUAAACUCCCCUGUAUAUUGAAAAACAGCAGCCGACCCCCUCACUGGUUUAUCUGUAAAUCUCCCGUAAAGAUAUCCCCCCCCCCGU